GGACGUUUUCACUUCAAACAAGUAGGGCAGACCGUUGAUGUGAAACGACGAACUGCCUUGACCCAUGUACGUGUAGCCUUCGUUGUAGAUCGACGAAAUGGUGGAGAUCGUGAAGUUCUGGUCGCGUCGCACGACGUCGAAGUUGCGGAACUGCAAUGAGUCGAUGAGGUCUGGUAUGCUGUCCGAAACAGUUGCAGCAGCGUUUGCAACAGGAAUGGAUAUCAUGAAAGAAAGCAAUAGACAACAAGCCAUGCGGUACCGCUGAGUACGUGUCACUUGUACUGUACAGUACACUCUAUAGAGUGACCUUAGGUAACGCACGUUAAGGGGUUUGCUAUGUGUACCGCCCACUUUAUCUUGUUGAAAUUAACUUGUUUAUGUGUUUCUCAAUUUAAUCUUUUAUGGGAAGGAAGAAGGGAACGAAAGUACAGAAGAAAGGCUGGGAUAAAAAGCCUCGUCAGAAGCAGCAAGUUCCCAAAACGUCGUCAUCAAGGAGUGAUGAUGAAGAUGUGUCAAAGAAAUUGGAGGAAACGGAUACAGAGCGAGAACAAGAUGCUGCUGUAGAUACCCAAGACGAGGACAACGAUUCAGGAGCUGCUGCUGCAUCAAGAAUAGGAGAGACAGAGAGCGACAUGGGUAGGGUAGUGGAAGCAAAGGACGACGAAGAAUGGUGUGAAAAUCCACCAUUCAAGGUGCCCUUUCCACUUGCAAUAGGGGAUUUUGGCGAAUGUGACCCAAAGAAGUGCACGGGGCGGAGGCUACUGAGGAAGGGGAUCGUUCGCAAGUUGCAUUUUGACCAACGAUUCUAUGGUAUUGUGUUGAGUCCCCUCGCUGACACUCACAUAUCGCUUGCAGACAAAGACCUCAUCGCACAGCUUGGCCUCGCCGUGAUCGACUGUUCAUGGGCCGAACUGAAGGCGUCGAAGUUUAGUAUGAUGUACAAUAAGCUCUGGUCCUCCUUCAACCGCUACUCCAUGUUGGAGGGGAGAGAGUAAGGAUAAAAAACAUUCUUUCUUUGUAGACACAAA